GGGGGUUCAGCACAUAGUACACAGGCUAUUAUCGCUUGCUUGGUCUACGAUACACCGGAAUAGUUACUGAAAAUCAAUGCUGAUCUGUCACUGCUCCCAUUUCCCUCACCAGAGGCCACCGUCAGUGGUAUCUGAAGGGAUUGAGAAUAUAAAUAAAAUGAAACAAGAGACAGAACAAUGCUAUCUCCUUCCACAGGCAAAAGCUUGAUGAGGAUCCAGAGAUUCAAACUGGAAUCCAUCCGUCCAUCCAGAUAAACACGAAAUGCAAUGCUCUGCUACCAAACUGAGCAGAAACGAUGAUGAGUGUCUGCGGAUUUUGAUGCCUCCCUUCCCGACAGAACGCCCAGAAAGCACGAAAAUCAGGAUAUUUGCCUUUCAAAGCCUAGCCAAACACCUCGCGAAUGGGGGAAUAAAAAGAAGAGAGCAAUGAAAAGAGAAAAAAGCGAGCCAUCAAGUGCUUUGCCUGACGCUUCCAAGUUGCAAUCACACACCGUCUACCUCUAGUACUUUCCAUCUGCAUGCUUUGAACCCUGUUGUGUUGCGGUGAUGUUGUGAUGGGGUCGAAGUGUGCACAAGGCUGGAUAUGGAGGCUGUAGAAAAACAAACAGGAACACCCAAUGCUUGGCUCUCAAUUUGAUUCCCAUGAAUGCCAAUCUUGUGUCGAGAUAUCUUUAGUGACAGGAUCGCUGUGCUGUGAUGCAAAACGUAUGCUAAUUCCUUGAUGAGUUGAUUGAUCACCGACUGGGGUGUGGAGGUAUAGAGAGGGCAUGCAUGGUGCUUGGGACCCUCUUUGCGUCGAGGCAUCUACCCAUAUGCUUGGUACGAGAGAGGAGAUCCCCAGCACAAGCUUUGUUGUAAACGAGCACGAUCGUGAGGUGGCAGGGCAUUGAAA